AUGGCUUCCUUCACCACCAAAUACGCCGAUGAGCUUAUCGCCAACGCUGCCUACAUUGGUACACCUGGAAAGGGUAUCCUCGCUGCUGAUGAAUCAACCGAUACCAUUGGAAAGCGUUUCUCUAGCGUAAACGUCGAGAACGUUGAUUCUAACAGACGUGCUCUCCGCGAGCUUCUCUUCACCACUCCUGGUGCUCUUCCUUGCAUCAGUGGUGUCAUCCUCGUUGAAGAAACUCUCUACCAGAAAAGCUCUAAUGGGACGUCUUUUGUGGACAUUUUGAAGGAAGGUGGAGUCUUGCCUGGUAUUAAGGUUGACAAGGGCCGUGCCGUUGAGCUAGCUGGAACCAACAGUGAGACCAUCACACAGGGUCUUGAUGGUCUUGGCGAACGUUGCAAGAAGUACUACGAGGCGGGUGCUCGUUUUGCUAAGUGGCAUGCACUCCUUAAGAUUGGCCCGAACGAGCCAUCAGAGUUAGCCAUUCACGAGAACGCUUAUGGACUGGCUAGAUACGCGGCGAUUUGUCAAGAGAACGGUCUUGUACCCAUUGUGGAGCCUGAUGUUUCUGUUGAUGGGUCUCAUGAUAUCCACAAGUGUGCAGAGGUGACAGAGCGUUUCCUUGCAGCUUGCUACAAAGCCCUGAGUGAUCACCAUGUGAUGCUUGAAGGAACGCUUCUGAAACCAAACAUGGUGACUCCAGGAUCGGAGAGCGCUAAAGUUGCACCAGAGGUCGUCGCGGAGUACACUGUCCGUGCCCUUCUGAGGACCGUGCCAGCAGCUGUUCCAGCCAUACUGUUCAUGUCGGGAGGGCAGAGCGAGGAAGAGGCGACAAGAAACCUGAAUGCGAUGAACCAGCUGAAGACAAAGAAGCCUUGGUCUCUGUCGUUUUGCUUUGGAAGGGCGUUGCAGCAGAGCGCGCUUAAGACUUGGGGAGGGAAGGAGGAGAAUGUGCAGAGGGCGCAAGAUGCGUUGUUGGUUAGGUGCAAGGCUAACUCUGAGGCUACACUUGGUACUUACAAUGAGCCUUCAGGUUAAGGCCUACAAGUACUAAAGAGUAAGGGUCCGUUUGUGUUAGUGUUUUCUUUUAUUUCUGUCACUCUUUUCAGUUUUAUUUGUUUGUGUGUUUGUUUGCAAGAGUGGUAAAAUGAAAUGCGCUUGAUAAACCUUGCUCAGAGGUGUCUUGUUUCUAGUGAGACCUUUUAUAAAAAGAAUAUCUUGUAUUUGAAAGCAUUUCUUCAGUUUCUUUCUUCUAAGAAUUGUAUUUGUUUAUCGCAAAAAAGCUAUAGACAUUUCAUAAAAUUUCAAGCUUGUGAAACUAAGCAUAAAAACUUGAUGGGCUUAUAACUUUGGAGCCCAUAAUGUAAUUACAAGUAGCUGACAUGUCAAGGUUUGCUACUACAGGCUACCUGCCAUGCUUUGGCAUCAACAUACUAAUAAAUAGAUCUUUUGAACAACAAAGAAAUAAGUAAUAAUAUUUCCUUUUGAUUAUAAUUCAAACCCAUUCUCAUCAUUGUACUUGUUUUAUUGAUCUCUUAAACUACAAUGCAUUAUAUCAAAAUUUAGAGAAAAUACAAGAUGGACAGGAAAAGAAUAAGUUGUGAUCUUUUGAAUCUCUAGCUCCUCGAGCUCGAAUCUCUGGUUUCACCUAGCCUCUCCGGCGCCGAUUUGCGUCGUGAGAGGGCUCACAAAUCUCCCAACGAGUCCAUCUUUCCAUGCCUCAACCCUUUGCUGCUCCUCCUCUGUCUUUCCUCCUUGCACGGUGUCUCUGGAUUCGUUAAAUCGUCGGGAAUCAAAGAUGUCUUUGAUUUUUUCUGGAGUUCUGGCGAGUUGAGACGAGUAUGGAUUAUCUUUGGGGCCUUGGGUCUGCUGCUAGUCACCGAUUGCGCUCGGAUCUGGGUCAGAUCUGGGAUCCGAGACCCGCCGGAAUUCCUGAUGUGUCGCUGCCGUCACCGUUCUAGCCUCGUCGUCUCUCUCCAAUCGGUUUUCUUCUAUCGGCCUACUCCAAGGUUUGUUGUAGAGCUUCUCCUCUCUAUCUAGAGUGACAGGUGGUUUCGAGGUGAGCCACCGAGGACCUCUGUAUUUAGUUCAACAGACAACAACCAUGGCGGUUUUCACAGUAAGCGUUGGUUCCUUCCUCUUGCUCUUGAUGCUGUUCGCUUGGGUUUUGAGGACAACCCUAUGUUACGGCGUCGCUUGCGUUAAGGUGGAGCUUUCCUGCUUCCUAGUUGAGUCGCCUGCUUUAAGGAGUUUCGAAGCUCCUUCUGCCCGUCACUUCCCGUGUUUCUCUGCUCCGACAGUUAGCUUUUUGAAGUUUUGAUUCUCUACUGCAUCUUUUGUGUCGCGUGGCCGGAUGGAGCAUGUUUAGACCGCCUGCGCUUGACCGUAACCUGUGCUUCCUUGUCUUCUGCGGUGUUGAGUCGAAUCUGAUCUUUGAUUCCUGUCGAGAUAGCUUUGGGUGUUUGUUCUAUCGGCGUCCUCCUCCAGUGGUGUUCCGGGGUGAGAGCCAGCCACCUCCGUUGAAGCUGCUUGGAGCCACUUCGGUGAGUGUUCGAAUGAACUUCCCUAUGAGUUUUCUCCUGCUUAUGAAGGUUUCUGAAUGAGCUGGAAGCGCUUAGGUCUGGGAGUUAUAUAUUGUUGUUUGUUGUUCUAGUUGAUAUCUUAACUUCAAGCCUACCAAUGUCUGGUAACUUGAAUUUAAGUUCUUAGGUUCUUAGGAGUUUUUUUAAACUUUUUGCAGCUUCUAAGUAACCAAAUGGCUGUCAAAGCAGACUAUGGCUGCAAGUCAUCUUGUAACCAAAACUUUCAUUAGAAAUAAUGACAUUUACAAUUUAGCAAAAAAAAAGAAUAA